AUGUCUAUUUCCCUUUGCACUCUUUCCCCCUUUUUCUUUUCUCACUCUCUCAUUCUCGCUCUCUCUUUCUCUUUCUCUCUCUCUCUUUUUCUCACUCUCUCAUUCUCUCUCUUUCUCACUCUCUCUUUCUUUCUCUCUCAUUCUCUCUUUCUCACUCUCAUUCUCUCUCUUUUUCACUCUCUCUUUCUCUCUCUCUUUCUCUCUCAAUCUCUCUCUUUCUCACUCUUUCAUUCUCUCUCUCUCUUUCUCUCUCUUUCUCACUCUCUCUCUUUCUCUCUCUUUCUUUCUCUCUCAUUCUCUUUCUCUCUCUUUCAUUCUCCCUUUUUCUCACUAUCUCAUUCUCUCUCUUUCUUUCUCUCUCAUUCUUUCUCUCUUUCUCACUCUCUCAUUCUCCUCUUUCUCACUCUCUCACUUUCUUUAUCUCUCUCAUUCUUUCUCUCUCUCUCUCAUUCUCUCUCUCUCUUUCCUCUUUUUCGCUCAUUCUCUUUCAUAUCUUUUUUCUCUCACUCUUUUUCUACUUCCUUUCUCUCAUUAUUGCAUCUUUAUUUUUCUCUCUUUCCCUCUCUACAUUUCUACACGCUUUCCUCUUUUCAACUCUCUCUCUCUCUCUCUGUCUCUCUCUCUCUCUCUCUCCUCUUUCUGCUUUCUAUCCUCUCUCUUCUCUCCUCCACUCUUUCAAGUCUUUCUCUCUCUGGUUUCUUCUUUCUCCUCUAUUUCUUCUCUUGUAUGUCCCUCUCCCUUUCUACUCAUUCUCUUUUAUUCGCUCGCUCGUUUCUCAUAUUUCUCGUUCUUUUUUUCAAUAAACUUUCUACUCUAUUUCUCUCUUACUUUCUCUCUCUUUAUUUCUUGCUCUCUCCCUCUCUCUCUCUCUCUCUCUCUCUCUCUUUCUUCCCUUCAUCUUUGAAAUUUCUUUCUUCUUCUUUCUUCUUUCUCCUUCCUACCCUUCUCUUCUUUCUCUCUUCUCUUUUUCUUCUCUUUCUCUUUAUACUCCCUUUCUUUCUUUCUUUCUUUUUUUCUUUCUUUCUUUUGCAUUCUCUCACUUUCUACUUCUUUCUUUCUCUCUACCCUUCAGUCUUUGUAAUUUCUUUCUUCUUCUUUCUCCUCCCCACCGUUCUCUUCUUUCUCUUUUCCUCUUUUAUUCUCUUUAUGAUUACUCAGUCUCUUUCUUUCUUUCUUCCUUUCUUCCUUUCUUUCUUUCUUUCUUUCUUUCUUUUUUUCUUUCUUUUUCAUUCUCUCUCAUUCACUCUUCCUUUUUCCUUAUCUCUCUCUCUCUCUCUCUGCUUUUUCUACUCUCGUUUCCUUUUCUACUGUUUCUCUCCUAUUUCUUCACUCUCCUCUUUAUUGUCUUUAUCCUUUUUUUUCUCUUUCAACUCUCUCUCUCUCUCUUUUUCUUUCUCUCCCUUUUCUAUUCCCCUUCUUCAUCUCUCGUUUUUCUCCUCUUUCUACUCCUCUCUCCUUCUCUUGUAUAUUUCCUUCUCUUUCUACGUAUUUCUUUUUCUCUCUCCCCAAUUUAUUCAUUUUCUUUUUCCCACUCCUUCUUUCUGCUACUCUCUCUCUCUCUCUCUCCCUCCCCCUCUCCCCCCUCUCUCUCUCUUUUCACUCAUUGUUUAUCAUUUUCCUCCUCCCGUUGUCCUUUUUUUUUCUUUCCUUCUCUCAGGCCUUUAA